AAGUAAAAUAAACACGAUCGUUAGUGUGUUGGAGUUUAAAGCUUUAACUCCCCAAGUACUCAUCACUUUCAGAAGUUCUCCUGAAGUUGAACUAUUCCAAUCCUGUUGCAUCUAUCAUGUUUGAAGGUGAUCUGUUGUGAGGGAAGAGGAUUAAAAACUGUCAUAGUCAGUUUAGGAACUUUGAAAAUGUUAGCAUCAGAAUUCCUGGAACUCCUUAUGUUCUGGAGUAGGACUAAAUGCUAUAUUUAGCAAACUGUUCUUCAUUUGUGUUUACAUCCUUAUGUCACACUAACUUUUGAAGAUCAUGGAAAAGCAUCAUUGCCCUUUCUGCCCUGUCUAUUACUUUGCUGCUGGACCUUGGGAACGACAUAUACACAAAAAACACAAAGAUGAAUUGAUAAGGACCUUAGAUAAUGCAGUUUUCUAUAAAUGUGAGUUAUGUGAUGCAUGCUAUUACAAGGAAGAUCUUUUGAAAAGUCAUAUAGAAGCAGAACAUCACAAGAUUUUCAAGAAAGUAGCCAUAAGUGAUGGUGGAAGCAAGAAUCAAGACAGCUUUCAGACUGUUGGACAAGUUCCUGCUACAAAACCACAUACCAGUUACUCUUUUACUACCAAUUGCCCAUUUUGUACUGAACUAUUUUCAAGCCAAGUAUUAGUUGUUAAACAUGCAGAAAGAAACCACAAAAAACUGUUGAAAAAAUUCAUUUUACAGGGUACUGGUGAACCAAAAUACCAGUGUUUAGUAUGUUCAGCCAAGUUCUUUGAGAAAAAAUAUCUUGAAAAACACAGAAAAUUUAACAUACAUCUUGUGAAACAGCAAGAUGAUAGCACCACUGGUACUAGCAAGAGCAGCUCAGUUUCUGCAAAAUUGACAAACAAAGGACAGGAGUUGCAAAAGUCAAAUCAGCAAGUUCAUUGGAAACUGAAUGAAAAGAAGAAGGGGGCUUAUGAUGGUGUUUCUGGAACUGAAAGUCAAAUUUAUGAAAGAGCUGAGCAUAACUUCAAAAAUACGAAGGAAAAACAAAGAGUUGAGCACAAGUAUGAAGGCAUAGUGGAAAUGCCAAAGUCAAUUCAUACUGAAGACAAAAAGCUAGGUCGAUGUAGCGAUGUUGAGGUGAUAAAGAGUUCCUUAAAAUAUCCAUCUGUAUCAAAUGGUGAGAACAGUAGAACCCAGCUCUGUGGUACAACAAGGGCUUCACAAGAUGUCCUAACAGAUAGAGGAAGGAAUGGUGCAUUAGGUCACUGGUCUUUAGGUAACAUGCCAGAAAUAGAAGGAUAUCAAGAAAAUCGUACCAAAACAGGUACUGACAAAAACAUUCAUAUACAAAAUGCUGUUGUGUACAAACGCUACCUCCCAUUUGGUCCUUCAUUUGGCUAUGAAAGUGAAUUAGAGAAAAAUAUUAAUAUGAAGGGAAAGCUGAAUUCCUCAAGGUGUUUUUGUUGUGUGUGUAAUAUGUCAUUCAGUAAUCAUGGAGAUCUGGAGAAACACUUCCUUGUUGAUCAUGGUGUUAGUAAUAUGUCUGUAGGAUUUCAGGGUAACCAGAAAAAGUCUCCAGUGCAAAGUGAAUUAGGUAACGAUGAAAGAAACUGUAACUCAUCUUGGAGUUUGCAUCGUGACAAGCACUGUACUGACAAUCCCGAAUCUAUUGUAACUUGUCCACUGUGUGCUAGUCACUUUCCAUCACAGUUACUCUUCAACAUCCACUCCUGGUCACAUGCCGAUACGAACCAGGUUCCACAUUUUUUUGCUUCCACCAUGUAUUGUUGCAAGUGUAAGAAGACUUUUAAUUCACGUAGCCAGUUUUUUUCUCAUACCAAAGAAGUCCACAAUGACGUCCGUCACCUGUGUGAGUUCUGUCCAACGUUUUACUACAGUCAGUCAGCUCUCUCUAGACACCUGAGCAGAAACCAUGAAGAAGAAGUAUUACUGCUUAGCAAAGAGUUACCCAAGUUUGUGUGUGUAUUAUGUUCAGCACGUUUCUAUUUUGCAGAUCCUCUGGUUCACCAUCUACAGCAACAUGAUGGAUACAACUCUGUGAUAACAGAGGAACAUUACCCUCCCAACCAGUGUUUGUCUUCUUCCAGAGUGGGUAAGAAACAAGAGCCAAAACUGAAACCGGGAGAGCCAACUGUAAUGUGUAUUGGUUGUUCUAAACCAUUGAAUAGUGAGAAACAAGAAAAACACUCAACAGACACUGAGCAGAUAUCUCUCGCUUCCAGAUGUAAUGUCAAAUCUAUGUACAAUAAGGAGAUUGGCCCAACACGGUUACAUUCUACUGUAAUGCAUAAUAAAAAGACUGAAAGCGGUGUUGAAGCUAGAAACAACAUACGUUAUUCUUGUGCAUAUUGUGGAGGGGUGUUUUCAUCCAGUUCUCUCUUACAAGAACACAUUAAAAGCCAUAAGAAACUGAGUCAGUUUUUAAAACCACUUUAUGGUUGUGCUAAGUGUUCGGCUAAAUUUUACCAAAAUCGCUACUUGAGACAUCACUUGAGGUUUCACCAUGGGUCAAAGGUCACACCAAGAAAGUGUCACAAGAGUAGGAGAAAUACUGCUUCUGUGGAUGUUUCAAGUGUCAGAGUCCAGAAAACCUCUUCAGCUGGACAUGUAGGCAGUGACUGGUUUUCAAGCUUAAGAAGUAAUAAGACUAGUCAUGGAACUAGCAGCACAAGUUCUCUGCCUAUAAGUGUGUCUCUAAAAGAAAAUUCUGUGUUUUCAAAGGAUAACCCAGGAAGUAGUUGCCAAGCAACCAUACAGGAAGAUAAUCCUGGUAAAAGAAAAAGUAAAUCGAUACAGUGUACCUUGUGUCAUCACAGCUGUGAUUCUCAGUCCAUAAUGGUCAGACACCUGAAGGAAUUUCAUCGAAUAACCAAGUUCGAAACACGGACAACAGAUGUGCAGAUGUAAAUCAGGACAAUUGUGAAAGCACAUUAUUCAUUCUAUAAUCAUGUAAAAGAUCUAAGAAACUUGAAAACCUUUUUUUCUUUUGUUAGUAUUCCUUCUUUUUUACAUUGGUGAGAUGACACGUUCAACACCUGUUCUGAUAAAAAUAAAUAAAAAAAGGAAAUGCAAAAAUCAUUGUUGGGAAUUACUUACAGUACAGGUAUCCUAUGAAUACCUAACAAUGUAUAAUCACAUGUAUUUCAAGAAUUCUCAUUGUUGGGAAUUACUUACAGUAUAAGUAUCCUAUGAAUACCUAACAAUGUAUAAUCACAUGUAUUUCAAGAAUUCGUUUUAAAAGCCGUACGUGUCCCAUACUACCCAAAGUAAAUUUUUGUUUGCUGUGAAAGAAAGAAAGAAAAAUAUGGCAGUUUUAAUCAAUUUAGAUUGCUAAACCAUGGAUGAUUUUAAUUUGUAGUGGUUUAUUAGGUAGCAUAACACAAAUAAUGAAGUAUUAUUCAUGUUUAUUGCAACCAGUGGAAGUUUGUUUUAUAUAUACGAUUUCAUAUAACCACAACAGAAGUUAAAUUUUACGUGUCAAAAAAUGGUUUAGUUACAUACAGUAUAUAUAACCCGUUAUGCCAUGCCCUGGGCAUUGAGGAGUGUAUACAUAACCCGUUAUUCCAUGCUCUGGGCAUCAAGGAGUUUUUCAUCAUUAUUUCUAUUUUAUUAAUUUUAUUACCAAACAUUUUCUACCCCAAGAAGACUAUGACCCACCCUGUAGUGUACUGUAAAUGAGUACAGUAUGUGAGUUUACAGGAUACCUCAGGGUAUAAAUGUUUCCUGUGGC